AUGAAAGGCCCUAUAACCGCGGCGGUCCUCUGGCUGCACCUGCACUUCAGCCAGUCAGCGUGGGCAUACGGCCCCCGCGGGGCGGCCGAGAGGGCCUUCUACUACAGCGUUUACCUGAUGGAAGAAAUCCGCGGCUUCCAGGGGCUCGGGGGCGAGUACAGGCUCGCGUCUGGCUGCAGAGCGACGCCGACGAAGACCGCGGCCGGCACCGCCGUUUUGGACACCAAACCGGACAUGAGCAAGAUACAGUGGCCCACGGGCAAGGGCCCUGCCAAAACAGGCAGCGUCACCACUGUUGCAGCCAUCUACAAGCACGUCAUGAAGGCAAAGAUCAGCGGCGCCCACAUCACAAACGGCGGGGCGUGGGGAUACCAGGGCAACACUGGGCAGCUUGGGGCGCAGCUGGCCAAUGAUUGGGAAGACGCCAUAGCGAAGGGCGUCAUCACACCCGAGAACAAAGACCACAUCAAGGCGGACGGCACAUUCGCCAAGCUUACCGACGGGGCGAGAGCAGCAUCUGCGGCCGUGGUCGACCUCCGCAUAAUCGACUCGUGGCGUCACCAGAAGGCGGGAUUUGCCGACGGCGUCGGGGUCGAGCCAGCCCUCAUCCCUCGCGAGGAAGGACGUCGCGUGUGGACUUUCGACAGGCCGCGAGACCCGAGAUGGCCCGUCGACUCAAACCCGGCCGAGCUCUGGAACAGCGAAAAGGUCGCCAAGGCGUUCAACUACCAAGCAAAGGAUUUGAUGAUGAUCGACGGGCGAGCAACUCCCGUGGUGAUUCAGAUCGAGCUGGGAGUCACCGCCCAGGAAGCCGUCAAGAUAUUCAAGGACCGCUGGGAGACUAUCAAGAAAUCCCAGAGAAUAUGGCACAUGAAGCGGCGAUACAGAGCGCAAGAAGGCCGCGACAUGCAUGAUCACCGCCCUACCAGCUAA